AUGGAAGACCGCAGACGAAAUUCAAUCGGUAGCAGCAUACCAGCUGGUACAGGAGAGGACAUUUUACGACGUUUGUCAAGAACGUUCUCUGGACGAUCACGGCACAGCAAUCGAGAUGACGACAUUGAGCUUUUGGACGCAGACCUCGAAGAAGACGGAUCAUCGGAGAAAACGAAGGUGGACGAUUGGAGACUCGCAGCACAAGUCAAGGAAGUUCAAAUCAACGACCAAGCUGAAAGUCGUCGCCUGGGUGUCACCUGGAAAGACUUGACUGUCAAAGUCAUGCCCUCGGAUGCUAAGCUACAGGAGAACGUGCUUAGUCAAUUCAACAUCCCCCAGCAAAUCAAGGAAUCACGACACAAACCAACACUGAAGACCAUCCUAGACCAAAGUUCCGGUUGCGUCAAACCAGGAGAGAUGCUCUUAGUCCUUGGAAGACCAGGGAGCGGUUGCACCACGUUGCUGAAAAUGUUAGCCAACAAGAGAAAAGGCUACGGCGAGAUCACUGGUGACGUCCGAUUUGGCACCCUUGAUGCCAAAGAAGCCGAGCCAUAUCGUGGAUACAUCACCAUCAAUACAGAAGAAGAACUCUUCUAUCCUACGUUGACUGUCGGGCGGACCAUGGACUUUGCCACUCGCCUCAAUGUCCCCAGAACCCUUCCCACGAAUGCCGAGAACAGUGAAGAUUAUCGAACAAAAUUCAAAGACUUCCUUCUUGACUCCAUGGGAAUUUCUCACACCGCGGACACCAAGGUUGGUGACGCCUUCGUCCGUGGAGUUUCUGGCGGAGAAAGGAAGCGAGUUUCCAUCAUCGAGACACUUUGCACCCGGGGAAGUGUGAUGUGUUGGGACAACUCGACACGUGGACUGGAUGCCUCAACAGCUUUGGAAUAUACCCGCGCGUUGAGAUGCAUGACAGAUGAAUUAGGGAUCGCUACCAUCGUCACCUUGUACCAAGCUGGCAAUGGCAUCUACGAUUUGUUCGACAAGGUCCUCGUCCUUGAUGAGGGCAAGCAAGUCUUCUAUGGUACUCGGGCUCAAGCACGCCCUUUCAUGGAGUCCCAAGGAUUCGUAUGUGGAGACGGAGCAAACGUAGCCGACUUCCUCACCGGUGUCACCGUCCCGAGUGAGCGACAGAUCAAGCCUGAAUUCGAGUCUCGAUUCCCUCGCAAUAAACUCGAAUUGGAGCAGGCAUACCAGCAGUCCACGAUAAAGACCGCAAUGGAUCGUGAGCUCGCAUAUCCUACAACGGAAGAAGCUCGAAUCAAUACUCAAAUGUUUCGCGAGGCUGUGUCGUUGGACAAGUCCACACAUUUACCCAAGAGCUCGCCCAUGACUGUUUCUUUCAAAACACAGAUCAAAGCCUGCAUCAUUCGACAGUAUCAAAUCAUUUGGGGAGACAAAGCAACGUUCUUCAUCAAGCAAGGUGCCACACUGGUCCAAGCCCUAAUUGCUGGUUCGCUGUUCUACAACGCUCCAGGUAAUUCCGCUGGACUCUUCAUCAAAGGUGGUGCUAUCUUCAUGGCACUUCUGUACAAUGCCUUGAUGGCCAUGAGUGAAGUUACCGAUUCAUUCGCAGGACGUCCAAUUCUGUCAAAGCACAAGAAUUUUGCCUUCUACAAUCCUGCGGCUUUCUGCAUCGCUCAAAUUACUGCAGAUGUGCCAAUAUUGUUUGUACAGGUGACAGUGUUCUUGGUCGUUUUAUACUGGAUGACGGCACUGAAAGCCACCGCCGCUGCUUUCUUUACAUGUUGGUUCAUAGUAUACCUUGUAACAUUCGUCAUGACCGCCUUUUUCAGGAUGAUAGGAGCAGCGUUUCCCAAUUUCGAUGCUGCUUCAAAGGUGUCGGGUUUCUCCGUUACUGCUUUGAUCUUGUAUAUCGGAUACCAGAUUCGCAAACCCGCAAUGCAUCCCUGGUUUGUCUGGAUCUACUGGAUCAAUCCUUUAUCUUACGGCUUCGAAUCACUGAUGGCCAACGAGUUUAAAGAUACGGUAAUUCCCUGCGCUUACAACAACCUUAUCCCGAACUACCUACCCGAAUACUUGGAUCCGGAGCACCAAGCCUGUGCAGGAGUUGGCGGUGCUUUGCCCGGUGCAACCUCAGUGACCGGAGAAGCCUACCUCGAAAGUCUGUCUUACUCUCCUGCACACAUAUGGCGCAAUGUAGGGAUUUUGUUCGCUUGGUGGGCCUUAUACAUUGGCCUUACUAUCUACUUCACACAAAGGUGGGAUGAUGUUGCGGGCUCCAACGGUGCCCUUCUAAUUCCUCGCGAAAACCAUAAGAAGGUGCCGACGAGCAUUACAUCUGAAGAUGAAGAAUCCCAAGGGAAUGAGAAAGUGACACAGGGUGCGACCGGGGGUCGGACGACUCAGGAGCAGAACGAUGCAAGUCUCAUGCGAAACACCUCGGUGUUCACAUGGAGGAACUUGUCUUACGUGGUUCAGACACCAACAGGAGAUCGUACGCUGCUUGAUAAUGUGCACGGAUACGUUAAGCCAGGUAUGCUUGGUGCUCUAAUGGGUUCUUCUGGUGCUGGAAAAACCACUCUGCUCGAUGUACUCGCCCUACGCAAGACUGAGGGGACGAUCCAUGGUGAGGUCCUUGUCGACGGUCGCCCGCUUCCGGUAUCAUUCCAGCGAUCUGCAGGAUAUUGUGAACAAUUGGACGUCCACGAACCUUUUGCGACAGUCAGAGAAGCACUAGAGUUCUCUGCUCUUCUACGCCAGAGUCGAGAAACGCCACGUGAAGAGAAACUCGCCUAUGUGGAUACUAUCAUCGAUCUUUUGGAGCUGCAUGACCUUGAGCAUACAUUGAUUGGUAGAAUCGGUGCAGGCCUGUCAGUCGAACAACGCAAGCGCGUCACUAUUGGUGUUGAACUGGUUUCGAAGCCUUCUAUUCUUAUAUUCUUGGACGAACCCACUUCAGGACUAGAUGGACAGGCUGCUUUUAACACAGUCCGCUUCCUACGCAAGUUGGCCGACGUUGGGCAGGCAGUGCUGGUUACCAUUCACCAGCCCUCUGCUCAAUUAUUCGCACAAUUUGAUACUCUUCUCUUGCUUGCAAAGGGAGGAAAAACUGUCUACUUUGGCGAUAUCGGCGACAAUGCCAAUACCAUCAAGGAAUAUUUCAGUCGCUACGAUGCCCCUUGCCCACCUUCUGCUAAUCCGGCUGAGCACAUGAUCGACGUCGUAACGGGACAUCACUCAAAUGGGAAAGACUGGCAUCAGAUCUGGUUGGAUUCUCCAGAGGCAGCUCGAAUGCAUCAGGAAUUAGAGCAGAUCAUUUCCGAAGCUGCAAGCAAGCCACCUGGAACUCUCGAUGACGGUCACGAAUUUGCGACAGACCUAUGGACACAGACUAAGAUUGUCUCUCACAGGAUGAACGUCAGCAUGUUCCGCAACAUUGACUAUGUGAACAACAAGUUCGCCCUCCACAUCGGCACAGCACUGUUCAUUGGUUUCUCCUUCUGGCAGAUUGGCAAUACCGUCGCCGAGCAACAAUUGGUCCUCUUCUCCUUGUUCAACUAUAUUUUCGUGGCCGCUGGUGUUAUUGCACAACUCCAGCCUCUCUUCAUCGACCGUCGAGACAUUUAUGAGACGCGAGAAAAGAAGUCUAAGAUGUAUUCCUGGGUUGCCUUUGUGACUGGGCUCAUCGUCUCAGAGAUCCCGUACCUCAUAAUCUGCGGCAUACUCUACUUCGUCUGUUUCUACUAUACUGCCGGAUUACCAUCCGACUCUGACAAAGCUGGAGCUGUCUUCUUUGUCAUGCUGGUUUAUCAGUUCAUCUACACCGGCAUUGGUCAGUUCGUUGCCAGUUAUGCUCCGAACGCGGUGUUUGCCUCCUUGGUCAACCCUCUGCUCCUCGGUACACUGGUCUCUUUCUGUGGUGUUCUUGUUCCAUACGGUCAGAUCCAAGAGUUCUGGCGGUACUGGAUGUACUACCUGAACCCUUUCAAUUACUUGAUGGGAGCACUGCUCGUAUUCGCCGACUUCGAUUGGGAAGUCAAGUGUACGGAGGCUGAAUUUGCUAAAUUCGACCCACCUGCCAAUCAAACAUGUGGCCAGUACCUCGCUGCCUGGACCAACGGACCAGGAAUGCGAACGAAUCUUGUCAAUCCGGAAGCAAUGUCGGAUUGCCGUGUUUGCCAGUAUACGCGUGGUAGCGACUACUUGUACACGGUCAACCUCACGGAAUAUUAUCAUGGCUGGAGAGAUGCUGCGAUCUGUGUACUUUUUGCUUUCUCGAGCUACGCCAUGGUCUACCUUCUGAUGAAGUUGAGAACCAAGGCGAGCAAGAAGGCUGAGUGAGUCUUCCAGUGGUGGAUCUGUUGAGGAAUUUGAGGAAGGGCCUAUUCGACCAAGACCCCGAAGUUGCACACACUAUGAAAUUAUUUCCUUUCUAUCGGUAAUGCACGUCUUAUAUUUAGACUUAGAGUUUUCUUUUGUAUUUGUACAUAUAACACAUUUCAGUAAUAUUAAGGUUGGGACUCGGGGCGUAUCCAGAAAGCAUAGAUUGUCCAG